UGCUGUACAUUGGAUUCAGUGCGUGCAUGUUUGGCUUGUACAGUUUCAUGCCAGUGGUAAUUAAAAGAACCAGCGCCACAGCGGUGAACCUCUCUCUGCUGACAGCCGACCUGUACAGCCUCUUCUGCGGCCUGUUCCUGUUCCAGUACAAGUUUUCAGGUCUUUACCUGCUGUCCUUCUUCAUCAUCAUCCUGGGACUGGUCUUCUACUCAUCCUCCUCUACCUACGUGGCACAAGAUCCUCGCGUUUAUAAACAGUUCCGCAACACAGGAAACGCUAUCACAGACACGCCCACUGUGGGGCCCCUGGAGCCUUCAGUGACUUAUACGAGCCUGGGUCAGGAAAUAGAGGAGGAGCCUCGCGUAAGAGUAGCCUGAAGGGGGCGUGGUCUCUCAAAACCAAUCAUCAACUGCCAGGCCCAGCAGUAUGUAGAAAAACGAAUGAUAAUGAUCACUGAAUGAUGUAAUUAACCACGUAGCAAACAAGUACACUGUGAUCAUGAACUGUCAAUAGGUAGCAGUGACUUCUGUAUAUCUGAGAUAUCAGAUCCAUCAUGUAUAGAGAUGAUUUCACCUCAUUGCCUCUUUCCCAACGGCAAAUUAAGUGUUUAGAAGGAUUCGUGCUGACUGUUUUGUCCAAGUGCUCAAUUGUGAAUGUUUUAUUUUCUUAUACGAGCACAAACGGUUCACUGUAUUUGAAAGCUUGACAUGGUCUGUUUCACUACAAUUUCAUGAAUAUUGUACAUUUUAAAUGAGAUCUAUCUGUCGACAUCUCUGCAAAACUUCAUUCUGAGUUUUACAAUGCUGAUUUGAGCCAGUGCCUUGCCAUGUAAUGUUACUGUGGGUUACAUUAGCCAAUGAGAAAUCAUGACUCAAAAACAGUGUCAUCAAUACUGGACGUCAUGUCAUUAUUGCAUAUUGUAUUAUAUCUGCUCAAAAAUUAUAAAUAUUUCAAUUUGUCAGUCUGAAAUACGGGGGGGAUUUUACACCUUUCUUUAACUGUUAUACCAUAUACAUUUUUUAUAUUUGUCAUAUUUUGUUUAAAUUAUGCCAAGGGAACAUGCAUUUGUAUUAAAUAUAAAAGUCUGUGUAAUAGCAAUUGAUUGUAAACUUGUAAACUAUUUUACUGCACUUGUCUUUGUUUUAAAAGCAGUUUAUCAUCUUGUUUGGAUAAAAUCCAAUCCAAUACAUGUAAAGCUAUUC